AUGGCCUUGGUAAACAGUUGUCUCCAAGACACCAAGAGGCAGACUUUAAAUCACAAAAAGUCCAUAGACUAUAUUUUGAGUCAGAAUCAGGAUGUGUUUCCUAACAAAAAUGUACCCAUUCCAUACCUAAGAACUGAGGAGCCUAUGUCAGAACAAGAAAGAAUUGUGGAUAUGAAGUGUGACGACUUUUUUCAAAGUUUGCUCUUCACUGUUCCUGGUGCAAAUAUUUGGAAUCUUAAGCAGCGAAUUGCACAAAAAGAUUGGUUCAUGUGCGUACGAACCAAGAGAGACGGAAUAAAUGAAAUCAAGUUUAAGAAAAUGGACCAAAAUAUGAAAACAGUCUCUUACAGAUCUGGAACACCAAAGGAACGCGUCGAAUCAAUAAUGACAGAUUGUGAUGAAGUGGGCAGGUUUAACAGUCCCCGAUAUUCCAUUAUAUCAACGGUAGAAAUUUUGGUAAUGCAAAGAAAUACACAGUCUGGAAAAGCGUUGAUGAAAGUGAAUGGUGGAUUAUUGAAGCAGAACUAUCGAUAUCUGACCAAUGCGACGAAAUGUCAGCUGUGUAUUGACAAAAAUAAAGCAGUAAAUUGGUGUAAUACCUGUGGAAAGAAUAUUUGUAGCUUUUGCAAGCUCUUCCACCAAAAGGUAUGGGAUGUUAUGAAUCAUGACAUUCUUCCAUUGCGUGAAAUAUACUGAUUUAUUAAAAUCAAAA